AAACCGGUGUUGGUGGUCCGGGGGAAUGUUUUUAACGUUACACAGGGGUGAAGUUGAAGGGGAACAUGGCAGCAGGCAUCAGUGUUAAACAUGGAUUAUUAAGCAGUAAAGCUUCGCUGUAUCACGCUUUCUACAGAAAGAUUUCCCCCAACAGUGUUUGUAUCCAGAGAGCGGCCGACACACAGUGUGUGAGAGCGGCAACCAGCGCGACAGCAGACUCUACAAUCAAUGAGAAGUACUGCCUGGACCUGGUCAGGUCCAGAGACUACGACGGCUUCGUGUCCUCCCUGCUCCUCCCAGAGGAGGCGCGGCGCUCCUCUUUGGCCCUGAGAGCCUUUAAUGUGGAGCUGGCCCAGGUCAAAGACUCCAUUUCCCAGAAGACCAUUGGUUUGAUGCGAAUGCAGUUCUGGAAGACGGCGAUAGAAGAAAUCUACAGAGACGAGCCUCCGAACCAGCCGGUCAGCGCCGAGCUGUGGCGGGCGGUGAAGAAACAUUUCCUGACGAAGAGAUGGCUGCUGAGGAUCAUCACCGAGAGAGAAAAGGAUCUGGAUGACAGAGCGUACAGGAACCUGCAGGAGCUGGAGGUGUACUCGGAGCACACGCAGUCCUCCCUGAUCUACCUGCUGCUGGAGUGUUUAGGGGUGAAAAACGUCCACGCAGACCACGCAGCGAGUCACAUCGGUAAAGCUCAGGGGAUCGUGACGUGUCUGAGAGCGACUCCUCAUCACAGCAGCCGGCGGAAAGUCUACCUCCCCAUGGACGUCUGCAUGCUGCACGGAGCUUCUCAAGAGGACUUUAUCCGCCGCAGCCAGGAGCAGAACGUCCGGGAUGUUGUGUACGACAUCGCCAGUCAGGCGCACGUUCAUCUGCAACACGCGCGAUCGUUUAGCCACAACGUCCCAGCAGCCGCCAAUCUGGCCUUCCUCCAGACGGUGGUGUUGGAGGACUACCUGCAGCGAGUGAGGAGGGCCGGCUUUGAUGUUUUCAACUCCAGUCUGAAGAACAGAAACCCCCUCCUGCCCAUCCGGCUGUACCUCCGCUCCUGGAAGAAGACCUACUGAAGUCCUCCUCUUCCUCCUCCUCCUCUUCCUCUCUCCUCUUCCUCUUCCUCCUCCUCCUCCUCCUCCUCCUCCUCUCAGCCUCUGAAGGCUGCAGGACUGAAGCUCAGUGUCGCUCCUCUCGGGGUUUUCUGCAUUGAGGCUGCAGCAGAGUUUUGAAAUCUGCCUCCUUGAAUCUGGACGUCGCAGCUUCUGUUCACAGCUUCCUGCAUGUUCCAGAUGUUGUUAUGUGUGUGCACGCUGAACGUUUAACUAAUAAAUAUCAGCCGAAGCGUCCCCACUUCAUGACUCGCAUCAACAGUUUAUAUUACAAGUGUUCAUGUGUGCAGCGUCACGCUCCUGCUGGAUGAACACUGCCCGGACUAAAGGGUUGUUACUUCCUGUUCAAUGAGGCUUCAAAACCAACAUUUCAGGAAUUCUUAUUUUCCAAAGCGAGCCGUGUCUGAAUGUGCUCAAUAAUUCACUGAAAUGAAAGUGCAGUGACACAUGGAUCGGUUUUUGAAAGGAAAAAGAGAUGUGGGAGAGAACCCUUCAAAGUAAAAGCUUCAAAGCAUGUGCAGAAGAAAUAAUGACUCUGAAUACGUAACCUUUGGAUUCAUGACUCACUUUGAUGACACGUUUAUUAUACAACCAAAAGUGGGCCUUAAAUUAAAUAUAAUACAAGAUCGUUUAGAUAAUCUGGGUUAAAAAAACAAUAUGUUGUGCUUUGUUUUGUUUUUUGUGUCCAAUGUUAGUUCACUUUAUAAAAUACUACAUAAACAAUUUAUUCUCAGCU